UCUUCUCUUUUCCUCUCCGUUCCGUCCAAACCCAGCCGGACGUCGCUGCAACCGUCGGCCGCCAUCUCUGUUCGCGAAGCAAGGCCGCCGCGUGAACCUGUAACCGCCGGCUGUCUCCCCUCUCCUUUCUCCUCUGUUUUCAGCCCAGCCGCGCGCCGAUUUCUUCUCCUCCGUCGUCUGCACUGCCGCGCGACUCUCCGGCCAUCUGUAUACGGUCUCUCCGCCGCACGUCAUCUCUUCGCAAAGCCACUACUCGAUUUCUUUCGCGAAGAUUUGGGUUCAUUCUUCAUAGACUUCAACGUGGUUAAGGAGCUUAACAAAUUUGAAAGCAAAGGAAUUAUGCCGCCAAGGGAAGAAGUACGUAGAGGAGGUCGUAGAGGCCGAGGUAGAGGAGCAGGAGGCCGAGGUAGAGGAGUAGGUCGUAAUCAGCCUACUGAGGGUCAAGCUGAACAUCGAAUUCCUGCUGCACCCGUGACUCACGUCGAGUUUGAUGCACUGUCUGCUCACAUGGAGCAGAGGUUUACAGAACUUAUGACAGCCAUAGCUCAAAACCAGCAGGCACCUGCAGUCCCACCUGCACCUGUAGUUCCCCCUGCACCAGCAGCCCCUCCUGCACAAGAAUUACCUAACCAACUUUCUGCUGAGGCGAAACAUUUGAGGGACUUUCGGAAGUAUGACCCUCAGACGUUUGAUGGGUCACUGGAGGAUCCUACUAAAGCUGAAAUGUGGUUGUCCUCUGUGGAAACCAUAUUUAAUUACAUGAGAUGUCCUGAGGAGCACAGAGUUCAGUGUGCUGCUUUUCUACUGAGGGACAGAGGCAUUAUCUGGUGGAGGACUACCAUGCGCAUGCUAGGUGGAGAUGUGAGGCAGAUUACCUGGGAUCAGUUUAAGGACUGCUUCUAUACCAAGUUUUUCUCGGCUAACCUUAGAGACGCCAAAAGCCAGGAAUUCUUGGAGUUGAAGCAAGGAUAUAUGACAGUCGAGGAGUACGACCAGGAGUUUGAUAUGCUGUCACGUUUUGCCCCUGAGCUUGUUAGUAAUGAGCAGGCUAGAGCUGAUAGGUUCGUCAAGGGAUUGAGAGAUGAAAUUAGGGGUUUUGUGCGAGCACUAAAGCCCACUACCCAAGCUGAAGCACUGCGUCUGGCAGUGGAUAUGAGUAUUGGGAAGGAUGAAAGACAGCCAAGGAGCUUUAAUAAGGGAUCGUCGUCGGGUCAAAAGAGAAAAGUAGAGCAGAGAACUGUAGGAGUUCCUCAGAGGAACAUGAGACCAGGUGAUUCUUUUCGCAGUUUCCAGCAGAGUUCUGGCGGUGCAGGAGACACUACUCAAGAGAGGCCAGUAUGUGAUACGUGUGGGAAACGCCACCUGGGUCGUUGUUUGAUGGGAACGAGAGUCUGUUAUAAGUGCAAGCAAGAGGGACACAUGGCUGAUAGGUGUCCCUUGAGAUCUACUGGGGCUGGAUCGAGCAGUCAGGGAGAGAGACCUCCACAGCGGGGUACAAUCUUUGCCACUAAUAGAUCAGAGGCAGAGAAGGCCGGCACAGUAGUGACAGGCAAAGGUAAUAAAGGCGGCAAACCGGCGAGGGGCAGGAAGGAAGCGUGAUGCCAUAGGAA